UUGUCACGCAAGAUUGGAAAUAAGUGCGUAAAAAGGAUUUCAAGUAAAUUAUGUUUUAAGUGUUGUUUUUCUUCUUAAUUUAGAGAUGAAGAAUUUUAAAUUUAAUGCAAUAUAAAUAGGUCAUUAUUGCUAUUAUUAUUGUGUUUAGUUUUAAUUUUAAUAUAUUCCAAACUCAAUAUGGCGACAAUCUGUCAAAACGGAAUGUAAAACGCAUUGCUGCGCUUUUCGAACUUGUGCUGCAAAAUGAUAUUUUCUGCAAUAUGAAAUAAAGAAGUCGAGAUAACUAUUUAAAAUGGAGCAAAUAGUUGUAAAAACUGAAGUACAAUCCAAUGGGGAUAUAUUGCUAUUCUAUGUCGACGAAAAUAACAGUCAAGAUUCCGUAGGAGUAGGGAAAUUAGAAGAUCUAGGUGACCACGAAGUGGUAGAAUUUCAAGAAAACGAUUUUGUGUUUGCUAACAUUGAAGAAUCUGAGGAAGAUUAUGCUUUAACUGAUGUACAGAAUGGUGGACAAAUAAAUGAAGAAUGGCAAGAGGAAGAUGUACAUAAGUUACUCAAGAUAUAUGUUGAUAAUUUAGAAAAUAUUCAAUCCGGGACGACAACAAAUCAACGAUUAUGGGAAGUAGCUUGCAGGACAAUAUUUAGAGAUAAAGAUCCCACACUUUGUGAAAUAGGAUUACUUAGUCUUAAACAGAAAUAUGCUGAAAUUCUUGCUAAUUAUCAGAAAACGGGAGUAUUUGAAGAAUGGCCUUACAAUGAUUUAUGUCAUCGGGCAUUUCAAAAUGACUAUUAUGUUAAGGAAUUUGUUAAUGAAAGUAUAAAAGAUAAAGAAGUAAAGAUAAAAACGAAUGAUACAAAGAUAAACGAAGAUGGUGUUUUAAUAUUAAAUAAACAAGCAACAAAUCGCGCUUCAAAAAAUCCUAUUGAUGAAAAAGUUGAACAGAUGCUUAACUUAUAUUUAAAAUACAAGGAUGUCUAUCAUAAGAAAAGCUAUAACAGAGGUUUUUGGAAUAAAAUUGCAAUGGAAAUGGGCAAAGAAGAUGCUGAGUACUGGCAAAAACGAUUUCUAAAUUUCAAACAGCAUUACAUAAGAAUGUUGCAUAGACGUUACGAAGUUGGUCCUGAGAAAAUUAAUUGGCCUUACAUGAAAAUGUUUGAUCAAAUAUUUGAAGGUGAUGAGAGAUUUAAAAAUAAAUACGCAGCCACAUCUUUAGAUGAAACCAACUAUAAAGAAGAUAAAAACUUUAAUGAAACGGAACAAACAGUAUUAGUUAAAUAUUGUUUUGAUUGUUUUCAUGAAUUUCAAGAUACGACGAUACCAAAUAAAUUUUUAUGGCACGAAAUUGGUCGGUUAUUGGAGAAGAGUCCCGAAUUAUGCAAAGAGAAGUAUAAGGAAAUGAAAACUGAACAUUUUAAAACUUUAAUGGAAGGUGAAUACGAUGUGGCGAAUAGAAUUCCAUCAGCAAUUAUUCUUGAUAAUAUAAUAGCCCGUGAAAAUGAUAUUGAGUUAAAAAAACAUAGUAAAAACGAAGAAUCUGGGACAUGGAGUGUAGGAAAAACAGAUGAAUUAGUGCAAUUCUUUUAUGAUAAUAUAGAAUUAUUUAAAGAUUCAGUUUGUUAUUAUGUUUGUUGGUCUAUGGUUGCUGAGAAAUUGCAGAAGAAUAUGUACAGUUGUAAGAAGCAAUGGGAAAAGUUAACUGCUUUAUAUAAGAGUAUAUUAGAAGAUAAAAAGGAGAAUCCUGAUAUGCAAAUAAAUUGGAAAUAUAUUGAUGUAUUUGAUCGUAUAUUUGAUUAUGGUAUGGACACAGAUCUUCUCGAAGGAUAUGAAAAUGUUAAAGUAAAUGAGAAACUUGUAUCAGAAAAAAUUGGUGUUAAAAAAGUACAUAUACACGAUGAAAACAUUCCUGAAUAUUCAGAAGAUGAUGAAAUUUAUGACGAAAGAGGUUUCAUGAAGCGUUCCAAACGACGCAUCGGUGAAUCUAAAGCAAACAGGAUAUUGGAAUAUUAUUUAAAAAAUAAAGAAAAAUUCUCCUGUUCGUUACAAAAGAAACUAUCACUAUGGGAAAUAUUAGCAAAUCAAUUGGGAAUUACUGCAGUACAAUGUGCACACAGAUUUAGAAAUCUGAAACAAAUAUAUACAAGAUAUAUACAAAGGGAAAUAAAUAAGCCAGAUAUGCCAAUACUAUGGCCUUAUUAUGCUAUGUGUAAGAAAGUUUUUGGCUACCGAGCGAUUAAAUCUAAAUUGAAAAAUGGUAAAACCGGUUCAGAUGACAGUGAGGAAUGGGCUGCAAGAGAAAUAAAGCAACUUAUUAAUUAUUUUGCGAAUAAUUACGAUUCUUUACAUCAGAAUUUAGAAGAUAACUGUCGUUGGGCGGAUUUGGCUCGUAUUAUUGGGAAAACGGAAGCAGCUUGUAGUGAGAAGUUUCUAGAAUUACGGAAAUCUUAUAGAAAAUUGACUACGAUGAAAGCAAGAAAUCCGGAGAUUAAGGUGUCGUGGAAAUAUUUUAAUAUGCUUGACGAGAUUUAUACUUCGAAAGGAAGGGAACAAAGUGAAGAUUCCGAGGUUAUUUGUGAGGUUGAAGAAAUGGAUAUUGACAAUAUCAAGAAAGAGUUGCCGGAAGAUGACGAUUUCGAGUAUAUAAUAGUAAUUCCUGAUGAACAAGAAAUGAUUGAGACUGUCGAUGAAGAAUUAUUAAAACAAGAUGAUCAAACACAAACAAUAGAAACAAAACAAAUAAACAAAUGGAAUAAACGAACUAAAAAGCAAUUAUUAUUAUUAUAUUUGAAAUAUUUAAAAUCAAAUAAAGGGAAAGAGAUCGAUUCAAGAGUGAUGUGGAAGGAAAUAUCUUCGAAAUUAAAUAAACCACCGAUGUCUUGUAGGAGAAUAUUAAUAAAAUUGAAAAAUCAACACAGAAUAUCAGCGAUGAAUGAAGAUUUUAAAACAACAUCACCUUAUUAUAAAAUAAUUGAAAAGAUAUUAAAAUUGAAACCGAAAUUCGCGAAAAUAAGUAACGGGAAAACAUUAAAAGAGAAAAAAACAUAUAAAGAUGUUGCGAUUUGUAAUGAAAAAGUUGAUAAAGCAUUGAAAUAUUAUUUGGAGAAUUUGGAGGAAUUUUUAAGUCCUAAAUAUGAGAAGAAAUAUGUAUGGAUGGAGUUAGCUAAUGUUAUAAACGAGCCUGUAUCUAAGAUUUUUAACAAAAUCAAUUAUAUGAAGAAUUUGUAUAACACUGAGAAUAUAGUUGAGGCUGAUUUUAUGGAAUUGAUGCAAGAAAUUUCAGCUAAAGAAGUGCUUUUAAAUGAUUUAUUAAUAACAGAUACCAAAGUUGUAAAUGAGGGUAGUUUGGAAGAAUUUUGGACUGAUGAUGAAAUAGAACAAUUAUUGACGUGGUAUUUGACGAAUUUGGAUAAAUUUAAAAAUCCAAAAUACAUCAGAAGUUACUUAUGGAUGGAUGUAUCGGAGAUUUUGAAUAAAAGUCCAUUGAAUUGUUCUAAGAAAAUGUCUGAUAUUAGAACUGAAUAUAGAAAUAUGGUGAAAGAAACCCCACAAGAGUUAAAUGAAUGGAGGUUUUAUAGCCUUUGUCAGAAAAUUUAUGGAACAGGAAAAAAAACUAUUAAUGUAUAGGAUUAGUUGAAUUUUGUCUCCGAGGAACAUUACUGUAAAAUUUUAAUCUUAAA